GAAUUCUUCUAGGCAUGGACGCCACCCGCUUGCAGUUCCAGCAGGAUGACACCACCCUGCUGGGGCUGCUCUUGGAGCACCGGGGAAAGAAAACCUCCGACACCCGGGAUAUGGUCCGCGCACUCUUGGGCAUGCUGGGCAAGAUGGCCGCGGCAUUCCUGCCCGAGAACUUUGUUGACUACUCCCCCUCGGUCGAGCAGGUCUACAUCCGGACGGCACAUCACAAUCUCGAUACCGGCCUUCUCUCUUGUUGGCCGACUUACCACAGAGAAUGUAAAUUAUACAAAUUUCCUGAAGCUACUCUCGACGGAUGACGACGGUAGCUCGAUGGAGAACAGACUAUGGUCUCUUCCGUCUUGGGUUCCCCACUGGGUUUUGGCAAAGAAUGUCUCGCCACUGCCCCCAAACAUCGCCGGAAGGGGCAUGGCACACAAAUAUCCCGAAAUCGGUCUCAAAGAUGUCGCUGUUCUGGAAGACGAACCGCGCCCAAGGUACGCAGUGGCUGACGGCCCUCCGAUUCUGGUCUGUCUCGGCCAUGGGCCCUUGUUCACCGUUGAAGCUGUCAGCCCAGUGUCUCCUCCGGCUUCGGCCAUCAAUCGCUACUUUACUGGAGAGAGGAUUCGGAGGACUCAGAGGACUCCACAGAACGUCUUAGUGACGCCUUGAUUGGCCUCUUCGCCGCUAUCGAGAAACUAGCAUGACUACGACUAUACGAAUACGAAUACAGUGAGUCGGAUGCCUGGGAGCAUCUAGGUUCGCAACUGCGGAUGGCCUGGGUCACGGUGCGGCUCAGUUGGGAUCAUCCAGACCGUGUCGCCGAAGAAUAUCGCCGAAUGGUCAGCGCUUA